UUCGCAUUAAGACGCGAAGCUACGAUCCCAGUUCAGUGUGGAAGAGUCGGGUCUUAGCGCCGUCGUGUUCUUAGCGCUCCUGGACUUGAUUGGUUACAACUCCCCGAGGCUGAUUUGUGAUUGGUCUAAAGUUGAGAAGAGGGGGUGUGGCCAAAGGAAAGUAAAAACUCGCUUUCAGCAAGAAGAGUUUUGAAAACUUUCCCAAACCCUAAAAAGGGAGUUUGACUUUUUCGGACUUGCUGGCUCCUCGCGGACAGACGCACUGGACACAGACGGACAGACGGUCUCCGUUCGCGAGCUGCCUUGAUUUCUCGAGAACCGGGGGCUCUUUUCGGCGAGGGUUUUAAAAUUCUUCUCCCAUUCCUCACCCCAUCCCCCCUCGUCCUGCCUUUUGGCUUUUUUUUUUUUUUUUUUUUUUUCCCUUCUCUCCUCCCCUUCUUCCUCCAAGCAAGCGGGCUCCAGGCUGAGACCCUCCCGGCAAGUCGUCCCAGACCUCUCGAUUUCUGUGAACCAAAAGCAGAUCUAAAUCUAUUUCGAUUUAGCCGGCGCUCCUCUUUGGGUCACUCCAAAGGAUGCUGAUUCUUCGCUGCUGGGGCCGCUGAAAGAGCUCCGCUUGGAUUUUGGUGGCGUGUGCCCGAGGCUCGCUCUCCCCCACUCCCUCCGGUGAUCUCCGUAGACCAUCUCAGCUGCUCUCGCACCGACGCUUUGGGCUCCCCCGCCUCCUCUGGGGCUCUCUUGCCCCCUCCCUCGCCCCUCUCCCCCCUACCCCUGCCCGCAGUCCCUGUGCCGCCCGCGGAGGAGCCGUCUUCCAGGAUGCAGGCUCGCUACUCCGUGUCAGCGGAUCCCAAUGCCUUGGGAGUAGUGCCGUACUUGAGCGAGCAGAAUUACUAUCGGGCGGCGGGUACCUACGGCAGCAUGGCUAGUCCUAUGAGCGUCUACUCGGGCCACCCAGACCAGUACGGGGCGGGCAUGGGCCGCUCCUACGGGCCUUACCACCACCACCAGCCCACGGCGCCCAAGGACUUGGUGAAACCGCCCUAUAGCUACAUCGCGCUCAUUACCAUGGCCAUCCAGAACGCGCCUGAGAAGAAGAUCACCCUGAAUGGCAUCUAUCAGUUCAUUAUGGACCGCUUCCCUUUCUACCGGGAGAACAAACAGGGUUGGCAGAACAGCAUCCGGCACAACCUCUCGCUCAACGAAUGCUUCGUCAAGGUGCCCCGGGACGACAAGAAGCCGGGCAAGGGCAGCUACUGGACUCUGGACCCGGAUUCCUACAACAUGUUCGAGAACGGUAGCUUCCUACGGCGGCGGCGGCGCUUCAAAAAGAAGGAUGUGCCCAAAGAGAAGGAGGAGCGGGGGCACCUCAAGGAACCGCCCCCCCAAGCGCCCAAAGGCGCCGCUGCCCAUGCCGGAGCCCCCCUCUCCAGCUCUGACACCCCAAAGGAAGUUGAGAAGAAAGUGGUCAUCAAAAGCGAGGCCUCGUCACCAGACCUGCCAGUCAUUACUAAGGUGGAGACGCUGAGCCCGGAGAGCGGCAGCGCACUUCGGGACAGCCCCCGCAGCGUGGCCUCCACGCCGUCCGGCUCCACCGAGGGCUCGCUGCCCGACCAUCACCCGUCGGGCAACGGUCUGUCGGGCUUCAGCGUAGAAAACAUCAUGACCCUGAGAACUUCGCCCCCGGGCGGGGACCUGAGCCCGGUGUCCGGCAGGACGGGACUGGUGGUGUCCUCGUUAGCGCUGCCCUAUGGUCAGGCGCCCCCGGCAGCCUACAGCCAGUCCUGUCCCCAGGGCGUGGACACAGGCGGGAGCUACCAGUGCAGCAUGCGGGCCAUGAGCCUCUACACCGGAGGGGAGAGGCCGUCGCCCAUGUGCGGCCCCGCAGUUCUAGAGGAGGCCAUGUCUGAUCACCCCAACGGCACCACAUCGCCCCUAAGCACACUCGGCCUCGCGGCUAGCCAGGAGGGAGCGCUAGCCGGCUCCGGCCACCACCACCCCCAACACCACCCUCACCAUGGGCACCCGCAGCCUCCACCGCCACCGCCGCCUCCACCCCCUCAGCAACCCCCGCCCCAGAGCGGCGGGGCCGCAGGCCAGGCCGCCUCUUGGUAUCUGAACCACAGCGGGGAACUGAACCACCUCCCCGGUCACACUUUUGCAGCCCAGCAGCAGACUUUCCCCAACGUCCGGGAGAUGUUCAACUCCCAUCGGCUGGGAAUCGAGAGUUCGGCCCUCGGCGAGCACCAGGUGAGCAGCAACACGAGCUGUCAGCUCCCAUAUAGAUCUACGCCCUCCAUAUAUCGCCACACCAAUCCCUAUUCCUAUGACUGCACUAAAUACUGACUCCCCAAACCCUCUCCCCCUGCUCCAGCCUGCCUCUAUGGCUCCCCCCACCCCAAUCCCCAGCCGGUGACUUUUACAAACACUUAAGGCUGCAGAGACGAACAAUAUUUGGACAAACUUACCAGCGGACCCGAGAGCAGAGAGCCCUGAGACUUGUGCAGGUAACUUUAAAUUGCUGUCCCAGUUUGGGGAUUCCAGACCAGCCAAUCCGACUUGCCAAAGACAAACAACUAACCCAAAUGAACCAAUCUGUAUAUUUAAAAAGAAAGAAAGAAAAUCUGUAUAUUAAAAAAAAAAAAAUCAGCAGCCCCUUACCUUUGAAGCAGAAUAGCUUCAUUAUGCUCAAUUCUGGGGUCUCAGAAAGUAAGUUACGGACCAAUAUCAUAGCGAUCAUUAUACGACUUUCUCUAUAGCCGCACAUCGGUCUGUGUGCGAGGAUAUAGAGUAUACGCGUAUGUAUAUGCUGUGUCCUUUUACGUUCUCUUACUGUGCUGUAAAGUGUGUGGAAUUCUAAUCAGGCUAACUCAGAGCCAUUAAUAUAAUAUUUAAAGUUGAGUUCACUGGAUUUUUAAAUGUCCCCCAACAAUCUCUAACUGCCCAGCUGAAUACAAGUGAUUUAUACCUUUUUUUGUUGUUGUUAUUGUUGUUGUUCAAUUAUGCAAUAGACUUUUUUUUCCCCACUUAGCGUUCUUCUUACAGAACAAGGAAAUAAUUUAUUUUGUUGGUGGAGAAAGAAGUCAAGUAUCUGGUCAUUUUUAUUUACAAAGUGUGAUGUUUUGUAUAGUAGACUCGACCCUGAGCAUUCCUUAAAAAAAAAAAAAAAAACUAAUUUAAAAAAAAUGUGCUUCACAUUUGUUUGUCUGACGUGGUCUUGACUGUUGUACUUACUUUAAAAUAAAUCCAUGUUGUUUUCCUGAUCAAA